GCAUUACAACAUGGUUUCCUGGAUUUUGAAAGGUUCAGUGCAGAAGAAUAUGAACAUUAUGAGGACGUUGUAUGAUGGCAGGCGGUUUGAGGAUGCAGGAUUUGAGCACCACGACCUCUUCUUCCUUGAUGGGACCACGCCCUCUGACCUCAUCGUCAGACGCUUUCUGCAUGUGUGUGAAGUACAGACGGGGGCAGUGGCGGUGCACUGUAAAGCUGGAUUAGGCCGCACGGGCACUCUGAUUGGCUGCUACCUGAUGAAGCACUUCCGGUUUACUGCAGCCGAGGCGAUUGCUUGGAUCAGAGUCUGCAGACCUGGAUCUAUCAUCGGUCCACAGCAAAACUUCUUAGAAGAGAAGCAGCACAGUUUGUGGGUUCAGGGUGACGUGCAUCGGUCUAAACAGAAGCUGGUCCAACAGAGACUGAGUCGGCAGCAGCAGCUGCAGCAGCAGCUGCACCGCUCUGACUCUGUGCAGGGAGGCAAACAGGAGGCAGUGUCCUCGCUGCUUUCCAGCAUGGAUGACCUGUCAAUCAACACCGUGCUCUGCAAGUCAUAUAGCUUGGAUGAGAAUAACUGCAAAGAAGUCAGUCUGACACAGGGAGACGAACUGAGAGCACUGAAGGGAAAACGCCCACCGAGAUCAGCGUCAUCCUGCUCAAGGUUAAACCUGUCCAAGACUUCACACCGCUCCAUCCUCCCUCCCCCGAAGCCCUCCAAAGUCCACCUCACCCCUUCUUCUACUAAGACGCUGAGACGAAGUUCCUCUACCACCACUGCUCCGCAGAUCAGGAGUCCCUUCAGCCUCACGUUGUUCAGCACCAGGCCAGCACUGAUUCACUGACUUCACACUUGGGACGUUCUGGUCAUGAAUCAGCCCAGCUGAUGAUGGACUCGCUGGAGACUGCAUCAGCUCUCUUGCACGUUUAACCCUAGAACACUAUCGCUAUAAAUAGUAACACAAUCGCUAAUGCCGGGUGAUUUUUACCCGAUAUAAUAUAACCAAUAAAAAGUAAUCAAAUAUAUCAAAAUAUGACAACACAUGACAAAUUAGAGUGGUCUUCUUUUACUUUCAACUGUGCCAUGUCUAACAAAAUGAAAGAAAAACCCUCCUAAAACAAAAGAAUGACUCUGGAAAGCUGGUCUUUGGUCCACCCAUUCCUGGGACAUUUGAGACUUCCCUGGUGAAGGCACAGGCUCCUCGACACGCAAACAGCUGCAGGAGAGAGAAAUCAUGUAAAUGUAUUUGCUCGGGUGUAAAUCACCCAGCGAUAGCGUUCUCGGGUUAAUAGGCUGUAAAUGCUUUUUUAGCCCCAAUAACUACUUUUCGUUUCGACAGAGCCAACAGUUUGUCACCACUUUAACUGGUCACGUGGCCCAUUCUGUGAUAACAGGGCCGACACCAUAAAUCAUCACGUCUCUUGGGUAUAGCAGGCAGGUAACUGUGAAAAACUGCGGCUGCAUAUUGCAGAUAUAACAUCUGCUGGAUGCUGAAUGCCCCGCUGUCACAAUCAUUUUGCUGGAAGCAAAGGACACGUGCAGGUGGAAACACCAAACAACGCUUACAGGGGAGGUCGUGGCCCGAGGACUGAGUCAGACCAUCGCCAAGAGCAGUCUGGGUGCUUCUGAUAAACGGCUGCUGCCAUUUGUCCAUCCGAAGUUCAGAACCACAGGAUGUAGACGGCCUGAAGCAACGUCUUGGUUGCGGAAACACAGACCUUUAGAAGUCGUACCAAAAUCCACGCCUUAAACUUUGGCAGAUCACAUGAUGGACCUAGCUUAUUUGGCACGUUGUUGUAAUGUUGUCUCCUCGUUUUCAGUACUUUAGUAACCAGGUUGGGUCAGAGAACCAUAGCAAACCACAUCUUUUGUAAGAGAUUGGUGCACAUUGUUCAAGAAUUAACAACUGGACGCAAAAUUGUCUUGCAAGACCAAGAGUGACACACUGCUUCUGCUACAGAUGUUAUUUAUAUUCUCCCAGAUUUCAUCGAUAAAGUAUGACAAACUUAUAUUUGUUGGUCUGUUAAUGUUCUAAUGAUGCAGAGCGAGGGACACAAAGCCACGACGUGCUUAUAAUGCACUGUGAAAGCCUCUGAGCACACAUGCUGGCAAUGAAAGAGGAAAUCAGUAAAAUGAAGACAGAGAUUCUGAUGUUUCACGUCAGACUGAACACGGCACGCACACUUUAUUUCACAGGUCAUUCACAUUCAUGCACUGGAUUUGUCAACAGGACUUUAUCAUACAUAAAGCAAACUCACUAUGUUCAGCUUUGCACUAUUUCUUUCUUGCAGUAAAAUUCUUAACAUGCAAAUGAUGUUCAGCUUUGAGCGUGUUGUUGCUGUCAUGCUUUCCUGUAUCUGACUGUGUGACAGCAGCUCAGAUGUGCUGUCUGAUUGGUAGUUUACUCCAAAGGAGGGAAACCAGCUAAUGCUAGUGUGAAGUGCUAAAAUCAACAAUAAAGUCCAAGUAAUGACGAGA